ACGAAGGCGUCUCAGCCGCUCUACGUCGUCGUCCGACGAGGAAGCCCGAACGGUUCGGCGACGGUCGGACUACUGUUGCUGUGUGUCAAAGAGUGGAGGAUAUCUAGUGCGUGUGCGUGUUUGCACCAAGUGUCACUUCGCCAUCGUUCUUUGUGUCGUCAGCGUUCUAUUUGGAUUACUGCGCGGAAGCGAACCUUCGCCGUGAUUGCGCCCUGCAAGGCCGGACCGGAACAAGGGUUCUCCGGCGAGUGCCCUCCAUGGAUUAUCGAGGCGUCCGUGAGUGUGCGUGUACGCCGCCGUCGUGACGCCUUGCGCCGCGAGGCGCGCUGCGACGUUCUGGGAUUUCAACCCCGGGUACUUCUAGAGGAUCGACUAUGGCCCACAACGCUUCAACAACGCCGAUCUGCCGCUGCCGGGUCCUAUAUCUAGGUUCGGCUGUCCCUCACAUCACGAAGGACGGCCUUCAGGGCAUUCAGGAGCCACUGCGUGAGCUUUACCCGGACCAGGGACCCGUGUCUGCUCGAGGCAUUGACUCGUGGCUCAGCGUCUGGAGUAACGGACUCCUACUCGAGAACGUUGACGAGUCUCUGCGUCAACACGUGCGAUUUUUUCCCAUCGAGACGCUUCACUACUGUGCAGCGGUGCGCCAUGUCGUGGUGCCGGGCUCAAGCGGGUCCGAACGCGUUGAGAAGUUUCUGCCUCUAGAUAGCCCGUUCGCGAGGCACGCAGGACCACAGCAGCCACCGUUGUUCGCGUGCAUACUGAGGAGGACUACGGGCAUUAAGGUGCUCGAAUGCCACGCGUUCAUAUGCAAAAAAGAGGCAGCGGCCAAUGCCCUCGUACGUUGCUGCUUCCACGCGUACGCUGACUGUACGUACGCCAAGCAGUUGGAAGAGAAUCCAUACGUUCUAGACGGGCCGCCGCGGCGAGCUCAAUCUGUUGUUGGCCUGGACACCGUGCAGAAGGUCGAAGCAUGGCGUCACCAGCAGGCCGAGCCUUCUACCAGCAACGGCGUGCCGCACGCGAACGGUGGUUCGAUCUUGCUCGACGACGACACGGAAGACGAUGAAGGAAACUACAAAAUCUGGACUGGGCCUGCUCCCAGAGAACUCGUCUACAUGGACACCAGCGGAACACUAAGAAGCGUCCAGUCAACGGCCACCGGACCCCCCAAGUCGUCUCGUCCCCGGCAGCUCGCCAUCCCGUCUCGACCACCGCCUCCACCGUUGCCGCCUCUUCCGCCUCCCGGCACGAGCAAGAUGAAUGGCCACAAGGAGAGCUCAAAGCCUAAGAAGAAAUCUAAGUCCAAGUCUUCGUCCAAUUCGCCGCAGCAGCAGCAGCUCCCUCCCAUGCCACCUCCGCCUCACAUUAACGGGUACAGCGUGAUAUCGGGCUACAGCGGCAACCACCCACCACCCCCCAUGAUGAUCCACUCGGAAAGGAUGCGCAGGCCUCCCGAGCGGCCCAUGCUGUACAGCGCCGAGGAGCCCUCGUACAUACCUGCCGUGCGAGCCAUGAGUCCGACUGCUUCGUAUCAGCCUGGCAUGUAUCCCCAUGAGCAGUACUUUAUGCAGAACUACAGCACGGCACCCCGCCCUCAUGGAAGCAAGCACAGGGGAAACGGAGAGCACCCGCCGUCUUCGAAGCCUUCCAAGGAGCACAGGCGUAGUAAUGGCCACCAUGAUGACUCGGCAGGAGGGGACACCGACUCACCCUUCAACACGGGCAUCUACCGCAGGAAGGGUCAUCUAAACGAGCGUGCCUUCUCCUACUCCAUCAGGCAGGAACACCGGUCGAGGUCCAACAGCUUGGCUAACCUGCACUUCCUCAAUGGUGGGCCCGAAGGCAACGGCGAUCCUGGACCUUCCGGAAUGGACAAGAAGGACAGGGAGCUCGCUCAGCUCGUCGGCGACCUGGAUUUAAGAGACAAUAAUGGCUACGGAGGCCCGUCUCAUAGGCCAGUCACGCCGGACACAAACUUUACCCGAAAGAAGGCUUCGUCCAAGAACUAUGCUUGGUAAAAAACACAAUAAGAACGAUGGGACAAGUUCCACGUCAAGGCACGCUUUUCAUCCACUCCUCACGGAAGAUUCGUGGACUGUCCCCGCGAUCAACGCAGAUCGUGGAACACUAUAAUAUAGAAUUCAACUGGAUGGAUGCCAUGAUAAGCGACCGAUCGGUGCUUGUGUGCGAAGUGCCACUAUGUCCUCAACGUGUGCGUUUUUCUUUUUUUUUCGUUUGGUGUGUUUUUGUGCGACGUACAUUAUACGACUAAGUGGCAGUGAUGGUGGCUAAGCGCACGAUGGUGCGCAAAUGUGGAUAUAUGCAUGUUCGAUGGAUUGCGUUGCCCAGCCUUAAAGUGCCCAGAGGAUUAAGACUCAUCGCUUAUGACCCUUUCUGUGGUACUGCCCAAGGAUUCUGCUCACUUGUUCCCCGGCUUCGAAUCGGCCAAGUCACUGGCUUUGAUUAGAACACUUUGCUUAAGUUAGAGCUCAUUUAUUGCCGCACGCGAACGAAAUUCUGGUUUGUUUCAAGGCAGCGCUGAUCUUGGAGACCGAGGAACACUUCGUUGAGCUCUUGUUAUCUUGUAACAAUCAACAGUCUGUUUUGUUUGCGUGUGUCUGGCCAACUGACCAACUUUCUAAUCUGUGUGGAUGUGCUAGUGAUUCAUGAAAUAACCCCAGAAAAAUGUGAAGACACUUGCUUGAAACCGGACUGGUCAAAUUUCCCGACGCGUAAUUCAGGGAACCAAUCACUUCCGGCGAAUGAGACGGGCCUUCAUGCUCAUUGGCUGUACAUUGAUUAGUGCUUGUUCAAGUUCAGUAGUGUAGGCCAAAUCGGGAAACAGCGAUUGAUAGUAUAGCAGUUAUUUCAGGAGUGUCUUUUUUUUCUUGCUUCUACCACGACUUAUUUUCUUUGGCAUCGAACGCAUAGGAAAGAGCAAAAGGACGCCGCAAACGAUACAACCAUCUUAUUUCCGUAUACAAGCUUCUGUAAUUCUAUUCUGCAGUCCCAUUGUAUAAGCGCAGGCUAAUUUCGCGGCAAUCGUAUGCUAACACUCAAAGCUUCACUCAAAAGUUCGAGUGAUCGCUUGCAAAUUGAUUGUGACUUUAUCUGAUCAAGGUCGAUCGCUAGUCAUUUGUGGAAUGGCCCAGCUAGCACUUACUUGAGAAGGAUUCGUUAUGAAGGAAGAAAGCCGCAGUAUAUCUGACUGCGCGGGGGAGAGCUAGUUUGACUCUCAGAUGUCCCUCCCAUACGAGUGCUCUCGUUAUGUUUGCAACGGAGUCAGAUGAAUGCAUACGCCUGAUAUACAUAAGGAAGUGCCUAAGUUGAGACGAGAAGGGAGGAAUUGGAAGGUCGACUGAGGUGAGGUCAUGCGCGCUUCAAAAUAGGGCGACACAUUCAGCCACUUAGCGCUCUAUUUAUAGCUGCCUCUCUACAACAUUGUGGAAGUUUAUCAAUAAAUCUGCACUUAUUGACGCAUGUCUUCAUUUUAUGAAAGAGAAAAUUGACAACCUCCCGUUUGUAGUAUACAAAGCCACUCGGAUUUGCGCUACAAACGGUUUGCAGUCUUGAUUUUAUUUGGAAAAGUAGAUUAUUAUCAAUGUCUGUUUUCGAAGUCGUCUUUUAUUGCCGUGAGUUUAACAGUCUAUGCAUGAUGGCUAACAACUUUUACAGCAAUUCCUCAUACUCCAAUGACGCUUUGGUUCAUUGAUAAAUCCUUAGUAAUUGACGGUCAUUGAUAAAUCCGUAGUAAUUUGUUGCGCUGAAGCACGAACCACGUAAUAACUAAGCUCUGGUAGAAGCUGUAAAUUCACAGAUGUUUUUAAUUUUGAAGAAUAUGUUCUGAUGCAGGGAUUCUUUUUGUACAGGCACACAAGGGACAAUUUUCAGAUAUCUAUUUAGCAACAAGGCUGAAAACUGUGUACCCCUGUGAAAAGUAUGAUGGGUUCUCAGAUUUGUCAGCUGUACUUUUGAUGCACACUGGUUAGCCAUAUUUCUUGAACUUUCCGGGCAACUGCGCCGACUGCGAAAUUCAAAUAACCUUUUAUUUGUGAAGAAGCAAAGAACAUUAGUUAUGUGCAUACAGGCCUCUGGUAGCCAUUUACAUUGCAUUUUGUUAAAAAGAAAAAAAAAGCUGCAAGCGUGGUGUGCUCUCACGACAUGGUUAGUUUUUCUCCACGUGAGAUACUGAAAAUGACAAUAUCCUGUUCCUCAUUUUCUUUUGAAACGUAUCGUCCCUCCAAAUUAAAAAUCGCGCAGCGUCCACAAAAAACGUGGACUCCUUCCCAAGUUUCCUGCUCAUAAGUAUGUAAGGGUAUGCAACCUCACCGAUAUCUAGUUCCCCAACGGCGUUACAGUCCUGCUUCCCUUCCAAUCUGAGGUUAUUUCCAUUUCGUUUAUUUUUGUUCAGCGUUGCUUGCUAAUUUUACCCUUGGCUACAACGCUCGAAUGCCUGGGCCCGCUUUCAGAAUGCGUGAGCCGACCAUAAAACUUGGGGAGAUAAGGAUUACGAGGUCGGCGUGGACGAUAGAGCUUUUGCCAGGCUUCUUCCGGUUUUUCGCACUAAAAUAACCUUCAGCUCGUGCACGGGCUUAAGGCGGAAGUUCCCGGGCAAGCGUUUACUUACAACGGACGGAAUGCUCCAGUGCCCUUACACUGAAUUUGACAAAGUUCAAUGAUGAGCGGGCUACACGUCACGUCCCCCAUUACUAAUGUUCACAGCGGUGGCUCAGGCGCUAAACGGUGAAAUCGUCACGUUGUUCUACAAGCAAAGAAACACGUUUCUUGGCUCAUUGGCAAUAUGCUUUACGCCAACGGCACAGUCUACCUGCGAAAUGAAACUGCGGUGUCAUUGUUGAAACUGGUAACAGAAAAACGAUGCGAAAUUAUAAAAAAGAAACAUUUUUUUUAGACGCUUUGACAUACUGACGCUGAGAAGGUCAUGACAACUUCACUUUGGGACGUUAAACCCCAACAAUUAUUAAUAUAACUUCACAUAAUAUUCGUUAUUGUAACGCUUAGGAAAAAAAUUUAAGAACUAAUGUCCCCAAUAAACAGUGACGCCUACUUCUUUAUGACGGUCAGGUUACCGCGAUCAUGACGAUACAAUUUCGCUUUUUUUCUGGCCAACCACGGCAGUGCAGCUGUUUCUGACACUAGUUAGAAGUAAAUUCCGACGUCCUGUGGCCUUUUGGCAGGUUUAAGCACUUACCGGCUUUUAUACUUAUUGUAUUUUUAUUCGGCUGUGCUUAUGCUAGCAUGUAAUUGAUUGUAGAAUUGAAUACCAUUAUAUAACGCAUCGCAUUAUGUUUUGACAGACCGUGACUCUGUCUAAAGCGAAGAAUCAAGCUGUACUUGUCACGGUUUAGUGGUAAUUGUUUCUGAACCUUUGAGAACACUAUAGGCCCUAGCUUGACCUGCAAAUGAGUUCAAGUCCAACUUUCGUUAAUGCAGCGUAUUCCUCUAAUAUGGUUUGUUGAUUCUUCUUUAAAUGUUAAAAUUGUUCAUGCUCGAUAAAUAUUAGUGCAAAUCGUCUGCCAUUGGUCCCAUGCGCGUAAAAACGCGAAAAGUUCAAUUAAAAUUUUAAAAGGGUGACAGCAAAAUAAUGAUUGGUGGCCGUCAUGGCUUUUUUUGCAAUAAGAAUUGUCCAAAUCUGCUGUUAUCAUUUUUUGAUUAAUAAUGAUGAUAGCAUUGUGUUUCCCUUUGUUUUUAGGACAUUUAUUUGUACUUGCGUGGAUAAAAUCUGAUCUGAACGAGGUGUUUGUACGUUAACAGUGACGCGGUUCCAGAAGUGACAUCUUCUUCGCCUAAUCGGUGUUUCAUAACCGUAAAAAUCUCUCUUGUAGAAAUUGAUUCUUUGAGUGAAAAUGGCAGAUGUGUAUAAAUUUGAAUAUGCAUUCAAAUGUGCAUUUAAAGAAAUUGACUAAUAAUCCAUUCUUCUGUGUUUUGACAUUGAGGCAUGCAUUUUCUUUUUUAUGGUACUUGUUCUGCUGUUUAACUUUUCUUUUGAACACGAUUGGCGAGAGUGUUUUUAUUUGCCCCUUACAUUAUCAUACAAGAUGAUCACUAAGUUUUUUAACAGUAAUAUAUUGUACUAGCAGGGCGGAACAUAUGGUAAGAGAAGUUAGGUAAACUGAAUGAGUGCUGUCACAACUGAAAUGCGUUUGUUGUGUUGUUGACAAAACGUGAUGAAAACAAUGACGAAGGCUUAUAGGCUGCUGAACGUUACCCCAAAUGAUAAAUUGUGCAAGAAAAAGGAAUGUGCGAGACUUGAGCGGUUUGUUCUUUCUGCUCCCCGUUGUUGUGUUGAUGAUGCAUCGACUUGUACAGCCUUGAGCAAGACAUCUCUGUGCAACAACGUCCUGCUCUGUUGUUAUGCCGAAAUAAAACGGACAGUUCCUGGUCAGAA